UGCAUUAUGGUAGCUGUAGGUUUUCACCCUCAUUUUUCUGCUGUGGUGGUGUUGCUGCUGGCAGUCAGCACUACCCAUUGCUUGGGGUUGAAAUGCAAAGAACAUGAGCAUCCUUUCAAUGGAAAAUGCUGCAAGGACUGUCCCCCUGGGGAAAGAAUGAAAGAACGCUGCUCUGCAACAAAAGACACGGAGUGUGUCCCCUGUCAAGAUGAAUACUUCAGCAGUGAGCACCACCACACCUUCUGCAACAGUUGUACCAUCUGCAACACUAGGAAGGGGAGUGUGGAAGUGAAGAAGUGUGAGAAGACCUCUGACAGAAUCUGCAUGUGUCGUGCAGGGUACAUGCCAGAUGUUGGACAUAAGCUGGGAAGUGUAUGUACACCAUGUCCUGAAGGAUCUUAUUCCAUAGGGAGAAAUGAGAACUGUCAGCCUUGGACCAACUGCAGCCUUCUUGGGAAGGAUACUCUUCGACCAGGGACAAAAACCAGCGACGCUGUGUGCAGCGACCACACCACGCAGCGAGCUGUGUCACAGACUCCAGCUCCUGCUUUGAACCUGCCCACCACGGAGCACAAGAAGAAUGUGUCAACUGCAGAAUUCCCACCAUUCAGGCCCAGUGUCAUUCCUUUCCCUUGCCUGGAUAGGAACAGCCCCACCGAGACUAACUGGGGGUCUUUAUCACUUAUCCUUGUUUGUCUGAUACUGCUCCUGGUGAGUGGAAUGUCCAUCCUCCUGCUGAUUAUCCAAGCAGCCAAAAAAAAGACCAAGAGGGGGCCUUGUAGAAACAACCAUCCAGCAGGAAGUGUUGGACUUCCUAUCCAGGAAGAACAAAUUGACUCCAAUUCUAGUCUCAUCAAAAACUGACUCCACAUGACAUGCCUGUUUCCUGCAUUUCUGAGCCCAUUGGUUGUAAUGUGCUGUGACUGUUCUGUGGCUGUGUGUGGGUGUGUGUGGGUGUGUGUAACUGUUCAAUUGCCCUGCCCUUCCUUUAGGUCCCUUGGGUGGCAUCUGAACCCAUGGGAAUAACUGUUCUUGGUGCCAUCAGGUGAUUCAUUCUCUUAGACCCUGUGCACAGGGUCCCCAUUGCCAGGACUGAGUGGUUAGUCCUCUGGGCAUUUCUAGCCAGUUCUGUGUGUUGUGAUAGGCAAUUGUCUCUUGGCUGAGGGGAGUGUUUCUGAAGCUGUAAGAGCUGAUCACUGGGCAGACAGAAAAGCAGGGAAGUCAAAAGACCUGCUUUGUGACUGAGUUUAUAUCCUGGCAGUUUGGAGGUGCUAAGCAGAGCCUGCCUCUCCUUGCUCAGUGCAGGUACCUCCAGUGUUUCAGUCUAGCUCCCAAAUAAACUCUCCUCACUUUAGGUGGAGAAUCUCCUCUGAUAAACCUGGCCAGCUUCCUUUGUGCUUUCAUUUCUCAAGUUACUUCUUCUUGGUGUAGCUGAGUGGCAUAUGUCACGUCAGCUGUGCCUCCAGUGAUGUUCUCUGUUGGUAAGAGGCAAGAGCUGAACUUUUAACACUGUGCUGAUUGGCCUUUGAGGGCUGCAUUUGAGCAAAGAUCAUGUCACGGUGGGAUAGAUGCCUAAACUGCUCUGACCAUUCCCCUGGAUGAUCACCUUGUGUCAGUGGAACCUGCGUUCAGAACUGAAGAAGUGCCCUUGACUUGGUUUCUGUGCAGCUGGAAAGGCCUGGUUGUUUGCCCGUACACUGGAUGAAAUGAAUUUUACUUCUGUGAUGUUUUUCCACAAGUUAGUUGGCCUGCAGUUUGGCAAGCAUUCCAAUUUCAGGAAGUGCAAAAUGAGGGAAACACAAAGUGUUCUGAUCAAGAGCUUUUGAUGUGAUUCCAACGCUUUGGUGUGAAGGUUUCAAGAAGAAGUAAACUUGAGAAUUCUGUAAUUCAGAAGUGGUUUUCACUUCAAAUGUAACUCCUCAGUAGAUAACUCAUUAGAAAUAGGUAUUUUAUAUACAGAGCAUAUGCCAAAAUAUGCAUCAGGGAAUGUAUUCAAGAAUACAACGGGUGUCUAGAAACAUGUUUUUAAACAUAUGUUUUCUUAUAUGUUAUACAUAUGGUGUACUUAGCAGUGAUUUCCUAUUCUGAAGUGCAUAUACAAUGUAUAUAAAACAUUUGUAUUAUAUAAAAUAUUUGUAUUAUACAUUAUAAAUGUGCUAGUGACUUCUUGAAAUAAACUGUGGUAGCAGCUGGAUGCUCCUGUAUGAUGUGUAGAAGUGGAGAGUGCAGAUGAGCAGAAAGUUAACUCCAGUGUGUGCACAGUUCUCACAGGGAGCAGGAUCACCAAAUGGUCAGUCCUGUGGCUUAGUGUUGAGAUCCUGCUGUGCCCCUGGCUUUUUGUGCAGCUGUGUGUAGUGGUUUUUUUCUCAGUAAAUGUG